AUGCGCUACUUAAUUCUAUUGAUAUGUGUCGUCGGUGCGAGCUGCCAUACUCUAGAAACCAAGCCCGAUGAUACAAAGGAAAAGGGUCUUAUCGAUUGGAUUAACCAAUGGAUUGGAACUACGACACCUUUACCUACGCCUACGCUGUUACCAGUAGGAAAUGAUCCACCUGAAGACUGUCCAGCUUGCCAAUGCGGUAUAGCCCGCACAAGACGGCGUAUAGUUGGGGGGUCUGAAACUAAAAAACUGGAGCUACCAUGGAUGGUCGCUCUUUUGUAUAAUGGGCGAUUCUAUUGUGGUGGUUCUGUUAUAAAUGAUUUAUACGUGGCUACUGCUGCACAUUGUACUUCUGGAUUCCGCAAGGAGAAAAUGACAGUGCGUCUACUCGAACACGAUAGAGCCACGCUUAACGAGACCAAAACCGUUGAUAGGAAAGUAGUGAGCAUCAUAAGGCAUCUUCGAUACAACCCCAGCACUUAUGACAAUGACAUCGCCUUACUAAAGUUGGAUAAAAGAAUCGAUCUCAGCAACGCCGUAAAGAAGAGAGCCGGGGAAGAAGAGGAAACGACAAAUGAGAGUGAUGUAGGAGUCCGUCCAGUUUGUCUUCCACAACCUAAUCUUUCCUUCAGUAACAGUACGGCUAUGGUUUCUGGUUGGGGCACUACUGAAGAAGGUGGAUCUGUGUCCAGUACUUUACAAGAGGUCCACGUUCCAAUUAUAUCUAACUCAGAAUGUCGUGAAACAACGUAUGGGAACAGAAUAACUGAAAAUAUGAUCUGCGCGGGCUACGACGAAGGAGGUCGUGACGCAUGCCAGGGUGAUUCUGGUGGUCCUUUGCACGUGCUUAAUGAAACGACAGCAGCUUAUGAAAUAAUAGGUGUUGUCUCCUGGGGUGAAGGAUGUGCAAGACCAGGCAGGCCAGGUGUUUAUUCAAGAGUGAAUAGAUAUCUAACAUGGAUCAAGAGUAACACAAGAGAUGCCUGCUAUUGUCACUGA